CAAACUAAACCAAACUAAGAAACUUUUCCAUUCAUUUUCAGGUUGCAUGUGUUGAUUACAAAGCGUGAUUACAAGAAAUACAGACCUCAUCUAUCAUGGUUUUAUUGGAAACAUCCAAACUUCACAUGACAAUGAACUCACCCACAAAACCAAGUCUCAACCAAAAUUUUAUGCUUUGUAACCAAUCAAUUUGCAAUCACAUUGCAACCAUCUUGAUGCCCAAAGAGUUUACAUGAAUUAAAAGACUAAUAUAAAAUAAGGAAUCAAUCAAUUGUGCUUUCUCAUUGAUGCUUAAAACACUAGGGUUAUGCAUUUGGAUUUGAUCUUCUUAUUGAGUGAGUGAGAGGCUUAGCCUCAUUGAUCAUCGAGAAAUGGAGGAGUUUGAUUACAGAAAGUUUGAUGAGUUUACAAAGGAUCCAUGUGGGGUGCUUAGCAUGGAGGAGGAGGAGCCCAAAAGAUUAAAUGCAGAACUUGCUGUUUUGAAACCUUUCAUUAAAUCAGUUCCACCAGAGCCCUUCUUCACAAGAGUUCCGGAUGUAGCAAAAUAUGAAGCAAUGUGGUAUGAUGAUCCAAUUCAAGGUAUAGAAUCUAUUGAAACGGCUCAUGCCCUACAACAAAAAAUUGAAGAGAAAGCAAUUCCAAUUCAGUUAUGGCUGGAAAAGAACAUUGCACCACUUCUUAUACAAGCCUUAAAUGCGCUUGUAGCUAAAAGGCCAAGCAACAUAAAGCUUGCAUGUGAAUUUGUGUCAGACCACCUGCUCCAGCACAACCCACUCAAAGACACUUAUCCGGAAGAACUUGGACCAAAUACGAAAGAGCCUGAGCCUCCAUGCGGCUUCACCUUGCCACCAGAAGACUUUGACAAAACUGAAAGAGUCGAUCCAUGCGGUUGCCAAUCCCAAGAGCCUCCAUGCAAAGAUGAGCUUGGUGAGCAAGCUGCGGCUGGACCGCCUUCAGCUAAUCAAAUGGCCAAGAAAAAUGUCAUUGCAAAAGAUGGCAUGUGGAACGCAGAGGCUCCAGAUGCGAUCGGAGCGUCGGUUCUUGCUCGAGCAAAGUCAGGGAGAGCCGAUAAGUAA